AUGGCUGUCAGGGCAUCUUUCGAGAAGAACAACGAAAUAGGCUGCUUCGCCAAAUUAACAAACACAUACUGCCUAGUUGCAAUUGGCGGGUCAGAGAACUUCUACAGGUAAGCGAGAUGUGGCAUCUUUUAUCGAGAACAGCAUCUACCAUUAACGUUAGCGAAGACGGGUAUCUCGUCGCGGAACGCUAUAUUCCAGUACUCCGCAAAAUAUGUUACGUUAUCAGUCCUCUUAACGGUUUUCGAAAGAAAGCGUUUACGCCAAACGGAAAGCGGUUUGUAACGAAAACGAGAGUUUAUCCCCCCAUACAUAAACAUUUAUGCACGCAUGACUGUAAGUCGCUUUGGAUAAAAGCGUCUGCUAAAUGGCUUAUUAUUAUUAUAUUGGACAAAUUCAGGUAUGCCCCUCUCCGUUCCGUUUGGUUCUUAAACCGUUUCAGUUUCAAGAUGUAAUGAAUACCUGUUUCCAGUCACCUAAUCCGGAAAGCUUGACCAGUCAGUACGGGUUGCAAAAUGUGUAAACAACUAAAAUAAACUUUUAAAUCAAAAUUUUCCGACGCUCACUCCCUAGGACAUACUCGGUAGUAGUUGCCACGCGAGAUUACCGCGUGAUCCGAGAUGGCGGCGGACUUUAGGGAGAUACAGUAUGAAUUGAAUUCGGUGAGCUCUGGAAAAGUUGUAUUUCAAUGUUUGUUCAUUUUUAGUGGUUCACACAUUUAACAACCUCUAUUGACUGGUAAAGCAUUCCGGAUUAUAGAUGUGCCUUUGACGCGAAACGUUUUUCGGAAACAGGUAAACCAGUGGGCUGGUAUAUAUUUUGUGGGGUAUUUUUUUUAAAUGUAACCUUUUAUUUAACUAGUCUAAGGUAUGAGGAUAUAGUGUUCAGCGACAGGAGACCAAUAUAAUGGUCUACCAAGCAUUGAGGCUAAUCGGCACUACAUUUUGAGAAUGUUUAUGACAUGAGUAGAAUGGUAGAUGACUGAAGUUAUGUAAUACCACAAGUGUUCCUGGUGUGAUUGUAUGACACUAACAAAGUGGGGACUACUGGCAACUAGAGGGCUGCUGAUGUCAGAUCCCAGGUGCAAUUGCCUACCGUUGUGCCCUUGAGUAAGGCACUUAACCCCAUAACUAGCUGCAUGGGUGCUGCACUGUGGCUGACCCUGUGUUCUUCUCAGUGUGUGUGUCUGAUUGAAAACAGAGCAUAAGAGUAAAGUUGUAUUGAAAGCUUACAUACUUACAUACAGUAAUGUCAGCCUUCUCUGGGGAGUGUUUGUUAUAAAAUCAGCAUUGUUGUCAUGGUAACAUGCCAUUUAUGAUUACAGUGUCUUUGAAGGCGAGUUGUCCGAAACCAUCCCAGUUGUACAUGCCUCAAUAGCAGGAUGUCGGAUAAUUGGAAGAAUGUGUGUGGGUGAGUAUGGCUCUGUAACAGAUUAACAUUGUAGGUCAAACAGCUAGAGACUGCAAGUGCACAAAGAAACACAAAGCAAUGUCAUCAGUUCAACAGGAGAAUGGAAUACUUAACCUUUUCACGUGUGAGUUCCAAAUAUCUCUAACGUUCCCCCCAGCGUGAAUUAUUUUCUGCUUGUGAUGACCGAAUGCACUCAAUUUUCCAAAAUGUGAUUUGUUAUGCAACAGGACAGUUACCUGAGCUGCCCUCAAACCAAGGCACGCUAUUUUCUAACAACAGAUUGAAUUGAGGUGUGUUCCGCCUCCUCGUUAAUUCAAAUAAGAAGUAGCCCAUUUCACUGUUACAGACAAUUUAUGGUUGAGGCUUUACUGAGCCGGACAAACUUCUCUAUUCGACAAGAGCCCAAGCACUUCCCCAGUGUUUCCCCAGAUCAAGUAUGAAGACAUUGCACAUCUCUAGUCAGAAUAGGCCUUUCACAAACUUUUCCCCCCUGCCGCAUUGCCUUUGUUGUUUUCCUUACAAAUAAUAACUUUGGAUAUGUGUACGUUCAUAUCAAAGUAAGUGCCUUAUUUUCUGUAUAUCACGUUGUCGUUCCUACUGUAGCACACCGUAUGUAUGGAGCAUAAUGUAUUUGCUGUUUUAUUCAAGUUUUCAAGUACUGGUGACAAAUCAUGCAUUCCGAUUCUUGCAUAGAUUGUAAUGGACACAUGAUGUCUGUAAAAUACUUUUUAGAAGGUUGUAUUGAUUAUGACGAGCUAAGCUAUUUGCCAGCUAUGUGUGGCGCCAUGUUUGUUGACAUACAAUGCAUUCUGGUUGUCACGUAAGCGUCUGUCAGACCAAAGAUGUUGUAAAAAUGAGGUAGAGGGAUAGUUCACUCGACUGACUUAUGCUGCUUUCAAGACAACUGGGAACUCUGAAAAAUACGAGGUCAAAUCAUGACGUCAGUGAUCUUCAGGUCGGAAUGUCGGAGCUCUAGAAAGAGGCCUGAGUUCCUGAGUUGGAAUUCCGAGUUGGAUGACCGUUCAAAGAUUUUUCCCAGUCUGAGCUAGUUUUUUUCCCCCCAGAGUUCCCAGUUGUCUUGAACGCUUGGAAGUCUGAGAUUUCCCAGUUGUUUUGAAUGCGGCAUCAGAUUAUAACUAUGGUAUCUCAGGGUUGCCAGCUCAGAUCCAGUGGUUUUAUUUGUAUUUGGCGUAUAAACCUCUGCAGCGUAUUUCCUGCAUCAUAUCCCCCAACGAUACCUUCCCCCAUUUCUACCCUCCAUGUACUUGAAAAUCCCCCACGAAUGAAAUUAACAUUUUAUUUGCUUUGUGAUUGGUCAAACGGUAAACGACUUGUAAAGUCAUGUGCUCCGGUUCUUGUAUACACUGUAACAAGUACAUUGAAGAUUUGUAAUAUGCUGAAAAGUGGCCAAACUUGUUCAUAUUUUUCAGGCAAUGAGCAAAGCCGUCUUUUACUUUGUUUAUUUGCGUCUUAUAGUGAAUGGCAUUCUGGAAUUGGAGUUUUUCGCUUGUCAAACAUAAACAAACAUGGCUGCCAUCAUAAAGAAUUUAGCUGCUGUUAGCUUAGCUGACACACAUCUCUUUUCUAAACAAUAUUACAUUUUUCCCUUGUGCUCACCAGAGAGAUUGUAAACAAGUCUAGCUGUUCGGUCUCUAACUUACGUUUUGUUUUGUCAGCGCAACCUGUUCUUUAGACUGGUUUAUGGAAUGUGUUUGGCUGUGGAUGUGUUCCGUGUGAUGUUUUGGAUGAUCAAGUUCGCAUUUAUCUUUUACAAUAAAAGGUGAAAUUGAGGAAUAAAGUUGUGGACUUAUUUCCCAUCAGUACAAAACAUUGUCUAGAUGCUUUUCAGACACGAAUGUUGCAUCAUAUGUUCUGUUGGCACUGUUCCAAUCACAUAUUUGCGAUGGUACGCUGCAGGGACCACUCAACAAUGCUCAUAAAUGUUAUCGUAUGCGCCCAAGGGUUAAUUACGCUUUAUGUAAUAGACUAGGACUGUACUUGAUAUUUUAUGAAAAUAUUUUAGGUAAUUGACUGUUGUGAUAAAUACAAAUGUACAGCGAACACUCAACUACUUCUAAUUGUAACUUUGCGCACCAGGGAAUCGUCAUGGACUCCUGGUGCCCAACAACACCACGGACCAGGAGCUGCAGCACAUUAGGAAUUGUCUCCCAGACACAGUCAAGAUCCAGAGGGUAGAGGAGAGGCUCUCAGCACUGGGGAAUGUCAUUGCCUGUAAUGACUAUGUGGCCCUGGUGCAUCCUGACCUGGACAGGGUGAGGGGAAACGAUGCGUAAUUGCCUGGAUGUCUAAACAUUGUCCUGGGCUAGUAAAAGUUAUGAGUGGAUAACCAGUCUGACUAGCUGCUAUAUACCUUAAUUCGUCAGAAGUUAUAUUUCCCUUGUUUGUAUUCGAUUACAAUGGGUACUCUACAUUUUCAAAAGCUAAUAUUUAACAGGUUAAAUUUAUGACAAUGUCAAACCAAAAGAUGUGUUUGGAGUGCAGUGCAAAUAUUUUAUGUUUUGAGUUGUAUCAGAACAGCCAUUCAUUGGAACAUACAGCAUACUCCUAACUUUGCCUUCAGCCAGCCACAUUUCACAUUUUUUAAAUGAAAUGAUUUUCACGAGUACUCUUAACACAAAUUAUUUCAAAUGCCCAUCCCUAGGACAUUGUCUGACAUAGGGGAUGUUAACACACUUCCCAUGUUUGUUUAGGAGACAGAGGAGAUCCUGGCAGACAGUCUGAAGGUGGAGGUGUUCCGUCAGACAGUAGCAGAGCAAGUUCUAGUGGGGAGCUACUGUGCCUUCAGCAAUCAGGGGGGACUGGUACACCCCAAGACAUCCAUAGAAGACCAGGAUGAGCUCUCCUCCCUACUCCAAGUGCCUCUGGUGGUGAGUGAUAGUGGUCAUGGUGCUGCUUAUGGUCAUUUCUACUAUGUUCCUAUCCCAUACUACAAGGCUUUUUAUGUAGAUCUAAAUCAAUCGGAUAUGUAUAAGCAAUGUGAUAAUACGUCUACCUUGCCCUCUGAUAGGUUAGGUGGACAGUUCUCCACAUUGUUUACAUUUUUAGAUCUACUGAAGUGCCAGGGGGGGGGGGGGGGCACAUUGCAUCAAGUUGGUGAUGAGUGCUUGAGUUACUCCCAACUCUCUCUGUCCGCACUCCACAGGCAGGAACGGUGAACCGUGGUAGCGAGGUCAUCGCCGCAGGGAUGGUGGUAAACGACUGGUGCGCCUUCACUGGGCUGGACACCACCAGCACAGAGCUGUCUGUCAUCGAGAGUGUGUUCAGACUGAGCGAGUCUCAGCCCAGCGCCAUCGCUACCACAAUGAGAGACUCUCUAAUUGAC